UCUCUCUUCACCGACAAUAUUCACCUCAGCAUAUUUGACCGAUCGUGGCCUAUUGCCGCCGUAAUUGACGCAAUUCCGAAGCUCGGCCUUCAUCACAAAAGUAAGCAUCUAGGAUUAACAUUUCUCAACUCUUCCCAUAUGAGAACCAUCACUUCAGUUCCCCGACUCGCACUGUUCAACAGAAAUCAAAUCAACCGAAACGGAUUUGAAGCUCGACGCUGCUUCACCCCCACUAUGACUAGCAAAGGGAAACUACAGCCUGCAGCAAGAGUCGCUGGCAGAAGACAAGAUGUUUGGACCAUCGUUAACGAGGGGGCUGCCGCUUCUCCUAAGCAGCCUAUUGUCAACAUGGGCCAGGGUUUCUUUGGCUACAACCCACCUCAAUUCAUCAUAAAAGCUGCUCAGGAAGCCCUUACGAAAGUCGAUUGCAACCAAUACUCUCCCACAAGAGGGCGACCUCGUCUAAAGAAGGCUAUCGCAGAUUCUUACUCGCCACUAUGGGGACGAAAGCUGAACCCAGACACAGAGGUUACUAUCACAACUGGAGCAAAUGAGGGAAUGUUGAGUGCUUUUAUGGCCUUUAUAGAAGAAGGUGAUGAAGUUAUCAUAUUCGAGCCUUUCUUCGACCAAUAUAUCAGCAACAUCGAAAUGCCAGGCGGCAAGAUCAAAUAUGUACCAUUACACCCGCCUCCGAAAGGAGCUACACAAGACACUUCAGCAGGAGAAUGGACUAUCGAUUUUGCAGAACUCGAGGCCGCUAUCACACCUCGCACCAAGAUGAUCGUACUCAACACCCCUCACAAUCCAGUUGGCAAAGUGUUUUCCAAGGAAGAACUCAUCAAGAUCGGAGGCCUUUGCGUGAAGAACGAGAUCAUCAUUCUUUCAGAUGAAGUUUAUGAUCGCUUGUACUAUGUCCCUUUCACGCGGAUUGCCACACUAUCUCCAGAAGUCGAGAGACUUACUCUAACUGUUGGCUCUGCGGGCAAGAAUUUCUAUGCCACCGGCUGGCGAGUAGGCUGGCUCAUUGGCCCGCCCCACCUUAUUCAGUAUGUGGCUGCAGCACACACCAGAAUCUGUUACUCCUCAGUCUCGCCACUACAAGAAGCAGCAGCUGUAGGAUUUGAGCAAGCCGACGCUGAAGGUUUCUGGGUCUCAGCAGUCAAGGAGAUGAAGGGCAAGAUGGACAAGUUCAAUGAGAUUUGGAAGGAAUUAGAUCUACCAUUCUCUGAUCCUGAGGGAGGUUAUUUUGUCUUGGUCAAUAUGAAGAAGGUCAAGAUUCCGGCGAAUUAUCCAUUCCCAGAUCACGUCAAGGAUAGGCCGAGAGAUUUCAAACUUAGUUGGUUUCUGAUCACCGAAGUAGGAGUUGCUGCUAUUCCUCCUACGGAGUUCUAUACCGAUGAAAAUGCCCAUAUUGGCGAGGAUUGGUUGCGUUUUGCAGUUUGCAAGGAAGAUGAAAUUCUUGAGCAGGCGAAGGAGCGGCUACGGGACUUAAAGAAAUACAUAGAAUAGAGCCUCUUGAUAGCUUUAGAGUACGAUAUCUCAAGCAAUAAUCACAAAUGA